AUGAAAAUUGCCGAGGAAAUCAAACCAUGCCCCGACCAGAAAACAUGCCUAACGAGCUCACAAGAACGUCACACGCCACCCCCGGCACAUCACUUUCACCUCCACGACCCCGAGGUCACGACGCUUUGUUUCUUGCCAGUUCUCGACAGAUUUCUUUUUUGUCCUCCAUGUCCAGACGUUUCCAAGCUUCCUCCACACUUCACACUCGCCUCCGACGAGGCCUCUCUCCUCCCUUGGCGGCCAGGUCGCGGAUCCGGCGUUUUCAAGCCAGAUAGCGGGCCGGUUGUAGUUCCAAAAGCCCACGUGCUCUUGGAGGCAUUCUUGCGUCUCUAUGCGCGCGAUUCGGCGAAGCGCAUAGGUGCUUUUUCGAUCGCCAUGAUAGGGUACGUGGAGCAGUACAUCGACGACGACGGGCUCUUGGACGCAAGCCGGCUCCCGGAACCUCUCAGGACCUCAUACAUGGACCUGAGGCAAGGGAGCAAACCGGUCCGGAAAUGGACAAGAGAGUUGAAACAGGCUCUUCAACUGCCCCAAGAGGAGGGCGAGUCUGACGAGGAAGAUGACUGCUGA